GCUACCUGCGUUUUCCCCAAGAUGGCGGCCCCCGUGUCAGUGCAAGUGGAGUUCGGAGGUGGGGCAGAGCUCUUGUUUGAUGGUGUAAAGAAGCACCAGGUCACCUUGCCCAGUCAAAAGGAGCCCUGGGAUGUCCGAAACCUUCUCAUCUGGAUAAGGAAGAACCUACUGAAAGAGCGGCCAGAAUUAUUCAUCCAGGGAGAUAGUGUGCGGCCUGGGAUUCUGGUACUAAUCAAUGAUGCUGACUGGGAGCUGCAGGGUGAAUUGGACUACCAAUUACAGGACCAGGACAACAUUCUCUUCAUCUCCACACUACAUGGUGGUUAGAGCAUCUGCCCUCCUCUGUCCUUCAGUUCCUCCAGCUCCCAGGGACCUUCAGGGCCGAAAACAACCAAAAUGGGGGAACAAAAGAGACAGAAAUUCUUCCCCUCCCCCUUCACCCACAGCCGGAGCAUGUGGGACACCAAGCCUCCCCUGACUUUGUCUUCAUGGGGAAGGACCAGGAGCAAAAGAACCAGGCAGUCCUCUCUCCUCUUCCCCUUGCUGCAUCCUCCUCACUCCCUCUCCAGCCUUAGCAGCUUUCCCUCCGGGAAGGGAAAUGAGGCCAGCUACUAAAAAUGUGCUGCUUACAGCUUGUGUGAUAGUGGAAGAAGCUACUACCACCUCUUUCCCCAAAAUGGGGAGGGGGCGCAGCUUUGCCAAGAAACCUGCCAUAGAUUGCCCCCGUCUAUAAUCUGUGCCUCUGCCUCGUAGGGAAGUAGUGGUCCUUCUGCCCCCACUACUACGCAGGCACCUUUGUGAGCUCUGAAUCCCUAUCGUCCUGCCUCUUAUGGAGCUGUUCCCGUAUUCUAAACCGUGUCACCUUGGGCAAGUCAUUCAUCACCCUGGGUUUCAGUUUCCUCGUCUGUGAAAUUAUCGUUGACAACUUACGGACCUUUUCAAGCUCUAGAAUUCUGUGACUGAGAUUUCUUGCCUCAGUUUCCUCAUCUCAGAAGCUAAGGGCUCCACCUGCUUUGUCCAAUGUCAUUACUGAGCCUCAGCCGGGGGCCCCUAUUCAGGGCUGCCCCUUCCUCCUCCUUCUGCCUGGAUGCCCCCAGCUGCUCCAGCCUUGCUCCUCUGACUCCCUUAGCCCUUGACCUAGGCCUGCCCCACGGUAUACAGGCCACCAGAUGGGCUCCCAGGCCCCCUCCCCCAGAGACAAAAAACUGUCGUCCGUCAUACACCGUCUGAAGACACCUGGGCUCUGUGCCUCACUGGGGAGGGCUAGAGGUCUGUCUCUUCUUUGUGCCUCAGUUUCCUCUCCAAUGCCUAAGAUUUUACCAUUGUGAGCUUAAGGGUUGCCAGAAAACCAGGGCACAAGAAAUUGCUUUGUGACAUACUUGGGACCUUCCAGCUUCUCUCCAUGAAACAUGCAGACCCAUCUGGAAGUCAACAUGGCGGUGCCUGUAACAGCCGGCAUUGGGCAAAUAAAGGCCGUCGUGCCUGUUGUUUUUUCUUUAUUGCCUGGAGCCUCAUCCUAGAUACAGCUAGGCUCGGUCAGUUGUUGGUAUCCCAGUGACCUCAUGGCACAGCUCCUGGCUUGAGGAUUCUGAGAAUUGUCCUCUUACCUCCCUAGAGUAGGUUUAUGGGCCCAACCGAAAUUGUCUGAACAAGAUCUGGGAGUAGGAUGAUAUUGGGGACAUUUGUAGGGACCAGGAAAAGUUGAAAUCAGCUUGAGCUGGACCUUUCAGCAGAGUCAAAUUCAAAAUGAAGCUGGGAACUGGAUACCUGCUUAUCCCCCUCUCGUAUACAUAAUGCCAAGUAUUGUACCAUCCACCAUAGGAUCCAUUUUUAGUUUAUCACUUAGCCUGUCAGAUUGAAUUUUCAGGAGCCCGUAUCUCCCAAUAUAUCCCCAAUUCACUGAGUCUCCAGAGAAGCCCCAUAUCCAUCAGAGGAGAUUGAGAAUUCACAGUACAUGCUAGGUACCCCUGUUCGCAGUCUUGGGUGUUUGUUUAGUUUUUCUCUUCAUAAAUGUAGGAAGGAGGAGGAUUGUGUUGCUCACUCAUUCCUUAAACUGCUAGUCUAGAACUAGCAGCCUAGCUAUAGGCCCCAAAGAUCCUUUGUACAUGUAGAAGGCUAAUGUGAUACUCUCAGUCCCAAAACUAGAGAUGAGGAGUAAGGGGGGUGGGGGCAGGGGAGAGUGCCAUGGACAGAGAAAAUAUUUCUCCCAGAUACUUAAUUUUUCCAGAAAAGUUAAAUGAGAGGCUAGGAUAAGAAUACCUCCCACCCAUUACCCACCUCCAGUCAUCCUCUAAAUGAGACAAUGCCAAGCCCCUUCCCUCACUGGUCCAAGGGGCUUAAAUCUUUCUGGCCUUGGAGUGUCAAGAGCUGAAGAUGGGAAUGUUCAUUGUAAAAACCCCUGGGCUGGGUAGUGCUCGGCUUAUCUUAGAAUCAAUUAAAAUUGUAAUGUGUUUGGA